UGGUGAUCAUGAUGCUGGAGAGGAGCAGUCUGGUGACCGUGGUGGCAGAUAUCUUCUUCCGCAGGAGACAUCGGCCUGAGGAGGAGACGAUCCACUGUGUCUGUUCCAGAGCCUUCGUACAGGACCGAGACCUUUACCGCUCUAAUAACAGACUGCUGAGCUUUGAACUAGCGGAGACUGCAGUGCAAGAGGCAGAUGAUGAUGACCAGGAAGAAGAAGAAGAAGAGGAGGAGGUGCUGGAUGAAGAGGAGCAGCUAAUGGCCAGCAUGGGUCUGCCUCUGGCCUUCAGCAGCUCCUCUGACCAGAGGAGAGCAGUGAGGAGGUCUGACAGGAAGCCUGCCACAUACAAGGUAGAACAAGGUGAGGAAGAGGAAGUAGAGCUACAGGUUGACAACAAAGUUAAUGAGUGGCAAGUGUGCGAUUCACUGGACGAAGGAGCAGGAGAGAUCCAAGAUGCUGGCUGGGCAACCUACUGGGCUCAACAGGGUGAAGCUCGUCUGUGGAGCAGCUGGCUAGAGAAACAUCCAGAGAGUGAGCUGCUCUCUACAGAAGACCAAGGAACAGUGACUGCUCCUUGGGACAACCCAGAAACAAAAGCUGUGUGGGACGAACAUGCUGCAGACAUCUACUCCUCCUACUGGGUGCAGUAUUCCUACUGGGCGGGGCAGGGCUGGACCACUGAGCAAUCCAUCUGUAAUGGGAACACUGGUGGAGAAGGCACGGCAGGGAUGAUGGACACAUGUUUAGAGAUACAGUCAGCAGAGUGGAAGGAUGGACAGACUGGAGAUGAGAGCCAAUGUAGAGAAGAAGUGAAAGCCCUUCAUGAUGAUGUUGAGGUUUUGAAAGAACUGCUUGGCCAGAAGUGCACAUUAGAGACAAAUGGAAGCUCAGUGACUAAAUCAGAGAUACACAGAGACUGCAUGAAUGUGGCUGAUACCAGAGAGCAGUCAGAGGAUCAGCUCUGUGGCUCUGACAAUCCUUCUGAUGGUGGGAAUCAACGUAAAAGACCUGCUGCAUCCUCUCAGCAGAACACAGCCAAACAGACAGAUUCCAAGCAAGUUGUUAGCAGCCCUGACCAACAGCAUGGCUCAACGAAUAAGAUGUCAAAUAGAGAAGAUGACGACGAUGACGACAAACCCCCUGAAGAAAGACAUGCCAAAGUCAAACGCAGUCAUGAGCUGGAUGUUGAGGAGAACCCUGACCUGACACCCAAGGAUGCUUGGUGUAAACUGGGAUUCAAAAACAAUUCGGAGCCCCAGUUCGACAGUGUGUUUAGCUUUAAAGGCGGUGCUGGUCAGAAGCCUCAGAGGUGGACGAAGAAAGAGGUUUGCAGUGUCAACAAACACACCAAGUUCUCAGAAACAGGAAGAGACAACACACGUCCACCAAUCUGCUCCGCUCUCUACAAGGUACAGAACUUCCUUAAACACCAGAGAGAGACACAGAUGAGACCAUGUGAGCAGAAUGAGAUGGGAGAAGGAAGUUCACAAGAACCUGAGGACAAUCAUCAAUCUCUGGGAGAAGAGGAGAAGAGGAUGAUGAAGGAGAUGAAAAGUACUGACGAAGAAAAUAAGGAGGUGCUGGAAAAGGAGAGUUCUUGUUCUGUGUCCAGUUCAGAUGCAGACAGGAGGAAGGACACAGUGGAUAGUGAGGAGGAGCUUGGUAGACAGUUAGUAUAUCCAAAAGUCCCAGAGUUUCUCCUGUCUAAGGCGUCUGAAGAUAACAGGGAGUUGAGUAAAAAGAAACAGAAGAAGAAGAAGAGGAAGCGUAGGAAUAAGCAGCAGGUCCCAGCAGACAUGGUAACUGAACCGGAGCUGGCUAAAUACUGGGCUCAACGCUACAGACUUUUCUCUCGCUUUGAUGAAGGGAUCAGACUGGACCGAGAGGGCUGGUUCUCUGUGACACCAGAGAGGAUCGCUGAGCAUAUCGCUCUCAGGGUACAGCAGAGCUUCUGUGACUCUCAGCUGAUUAUAGAUGCCUUUUGUGGUGUGGGAGGAAACGCCAUUCAAUUUGCCCUCACUGGAAAGAGAGUCCUUGCUAUAGAUAUCGACCCAGUGCGCUUAAGCUUGGCACGCCACAAUGCUACAGUUUACGGCGUGGACAACCAAAUUGACUUCCUCCAAGGGGACUUCCUCCAGCUGGCAUCCCAUCUAUGCGGCGAUGUGGUCUUCCUGUCACCACCGUGGGGAGGACCAAACUACCUAACUGCUGAUGUGUUUGACAUCAGGACCAUGAUGCAGCCUGAUGGAUUUGAGAUUUUCCGCCUGGCCAAACUGAUAUCAGACAACAUAGUAUACUUCCUGCCUCGAAAUGCUGAUAUGGAUCAGAUAGCCUCUCUGGCUGGUCCAGGAGGAAAGAUGGAGGUAGAGCAGAACUAUCUGAACAACAAGCUGAAGACAGUGACUGCUUACUUUGGUAGUUUGAUCACAUCAGACAGCCAGUGACCCUGGAACAAUUCCUCCAACAAAAAAAAAUGUGUUCCCAAUCUCUCUUUCUACUCGGGCCUGUCACCUUUGAUCCACUCCAGGGAUCUGUUCAUCAGUUUGACCUGUGUUGUUGAAGUUUUUUAUACUGAUUUUUGUAAGGAGCAAACUGAAUCUUGUGAUUGACAG